AAAAAAGACUUAACAUCAUGGGUAAGGGACAACCCAGAGGAUUGAACGCCGCUCGUAAGCUUCGCAACCAUCGCCGUGAACAACGCUGGGCCGAUAAGCAGUACAAGAAGAGAGCUCUUGGAACUGCUUUCCGCUCCAACCCCUUCGGUGGUGCUUCCCACGCCAAGGGUAUUGUCCUUGAAAAGAUUGGUGUUGAGGCCAAGCAGCCUAACUCUGCCAUUCGUAAGUGUGUCCGUGUCCAGCUUAUCAAGAACGGUAAGAAGGUCACUGCCUUCGUUCCCAAUGAUGGUUGUUUGAACUUCGUCGAUGAGAACGACGAGGUUUUGAUUGCCGGUUUCGGUCGUAAGGGUCGCGCUAUUGGUGAUAUUCCUGGUGUCCGUUUCAAGGUCGUCAAGGUCGCCGGUGUCUCCCUCCUCGCUCUUUACAAGGAGAAGAAGGAGAAGCCCAGAUCAUAAAUUACCAAAUCUUUUAUAUUAUUUUUUUACUGUGCAAUUAAAAAAUAAAGAAUCUAGUCUUUUACUGAAACGAUCAAUGUAUCAUACAUAUUUACAUUUUUACUUGGUUUAUUGGUGAAUAUCUUGUGUCUACCCUACCUAUCUAAAAAUUGAUAAAUUAUUUUGGUUUUUUUUUAACCCUGC